UCUGCAGGGGGGAGGGGGAAGAAGGGGGCCGGAAGCACAUGGCGACCGUUUCGAGAUGUCUAUUCGAACCGGAAAGGGGUAAAAAGCGCUGCACGGGCAACGCUCCCGCUGCAGACGAGCAAAGUUGUUACAGACGAGACCCACGCACAGUAGGAGUGGCGUGCGAUUCUCACGACACUUGAAUCCACGAUCUCAUCCACAACCACUGGUCUCUCCGUGUUGCCUGACAAGUGCUUUCCCGCGUACCUCGCUUUCUUCGCCGUGGGUCUCGCCUGUGACGACUGUAAAGAAAGGGUAUGCUCAUAUAUCAUAAGAAAAAAAGGGCAAAUCUCUUACCCCUGGCUGGCUGUGACCUGAAAUAAACUUGCCAGUUAUAAUCUCUUGCCUCGGUCACGGUCGACUGAAAACGCCAUCCCCUCCCUAUAUCAGGGCUGCUGAUGUCAACAGAUCUUAGUUGGCUGGCUUUGCCAUCGGUACUUGAACGGCCGGCCAGCCGAUUGUUUCGUGAGAUAUCUAUCUUGCUGACACCGGAAAAUCAUUUCUAUCGUCGAAAGUUCGUUGACCUCUGUCGGCAACAAAAGCAAAACCACUGCAUAAUGGCCUUCGAAGGUGUUGCCAGACCUGUCAAAAGCAUCUAGCAUGCUGACUGAGGGGAGGUUCAGACGCGGAGGAAAGUCAAUUGACCGGCCAUGGGAAAGCAAACAGAAGGAGGGUAUGUCCCGAGAGAAAGACGAAGAAACCCAGCCAGGAGCGCCAAGUGGUGGUGGCGCAAGCUGCAUGGUCACUACACCAGUCUGGUGGCGCUGGCCGUGCGAGGAGUCCUGGCCAUCCACUCCAUCAUCGCCUUGUGGGUGGUCGUCUCCCUGCGUGGCAACCCGACCUACUGGGCUUUGCUGGCCUGCAACCUGCCGCUGGUCAUCGAGUCCCUCUACAGCAUCUUCUGGCGGUCUGGGCGAGAAAGCAAGUGGUUCUGUCCCUGCUUUGUGGCGUUUCUCGUGGCGGAGCUGCCCUCCAUAUGGCUGAUGGAACUUAACAGACUUCACAGCUUUGCUGAUGCCUACGAAUCUGGCAAUGUCACGGGCCUGUGGACAUUCCUGGGACUGACGGUGCCCUUCAAGUUGGAACCGAACAUGUGGGUAUCUAUGGUGGAGCAGACUCUGCUGUUCUUGCUGGUGCUGUGUCGCUGGCUGCUGCCACGAGGCCAACUGAGCCGCAACGAGCUGUCGCAGCUGCUCUUCGUUUUCAUGGGCAUCGCUUCCGACAACAUGGAGCUCUUCCAGCUCUUCGACGAGACGGAGGUGCGCAAGGACGAGGUACUGACCUACGUUAUCCUGGCCGUGUGGUCACUGAGCAUGCUGCAGUUCACCUUUGUCCUCACCUCCACCCGCAACCCGCGAAAGAUGCGCGCGGUGCACGCGGACCCGUCGCCACCCGAAGCCGCAGUUGAUCGCGAGAGGAAGAGGACGCAGAGCUGCGCAGAACUGUUCUUCACCACUGAGAUCUGGAGCCUCCUCUUCAGCGUCAUCGUGCAGGAUGGGCCGUACGUCGUCGUGCGCAUUUUCACUCUCGUCAAGUUCAAUCUCGUGACCUACUCUGUCAUCUUCUUCGUGUGCAAGAACGUGCUAGUCAUCUGCCUCGUCCUAUACCGGCUGAUCGUCGUCUGCGCGAGCUGGGUCAGUGCUGCUGGCGAAAAGGACGACGACAACUUCAAUUCCGUCGUCGACGUGAAGGAAGACGAAAAGAGAGAGGCUUGCUGGAGCCGCAGCCAGUCAAGGUUCUUCCUGUCCUACAGCUGGAGACUAGCGCUUCUCCUGACGAGUGCGAUAAGUCUUUCUCCUAACUUGUGCGACAAACAAGAAAAAUGUGAUGGAUCAUUCUAUUCAGAUGGAAGUCAGUUUCGCGUACUGGUCAAACAGUUUAGUGCAGACGUUUCAAUGUAGACUGCGAUGAACGCAAAAGGCAGUCAAAGUCUUGAACAAGCUUUCAAGCUUUUGCUUCGAACUGAUUGUCGAAUUGUCUUCCCCUCAUCGUCGUUUUCACGAACGUCUCAGUCGAUAUGAAGCACUGUUAUCGUCAUUGUUAUUAUCGUCAUCUCAAGUUGUGACCGGAACAGUUACACAGCUGUUACGAUGUUGAUUGGUCCAUCGUGGCCAUUUUACAAAAGAUCUCCUUUGAUUGUGAACCCGAGGUGCUCUUCACUGUCAGCCUUUAAGACAAUUACAGUCCAAGUGAGCCUGUAAGUUGCUCAUGGAUUAUUUGGCACUUCAGGCCAUCGACUAGUUUUAUUUAUCAUUUCCCCUUAAAAAGAAUAGAAGAAAAACAGGGCUUCCCUUGCAUGAUGCUUCUCGUGUUUAUUUAAUACUGAACAUGUGUUUAGCCACGUUGCCAUUUUUUUCUAAAACCUGUCGCUCAAAACUCUUUAGAAUAGACGGUAAUAUGCUACUGAAUUAAAACUUGCUUUUUACA